AUGUCCAACCCCAAUUUACCAACCGGAAUCGAAAACAUACCACCACGGUCCUCAACCCCUAGCCAAUCCCUAGAAACGGUGAAAAGUAGAACCCGGAAAGGUAAAAAGAAUGAAACAUCGAUGUCGACCAAUAAAGAAGGAAGUGGUGAUCAUGAAGGAGAAGAAAGCAGAAACCAAGGUGGAACAGGUGAUAUGUUGAAUGAAAGAUUGAAUAACGAGGAACUAUCCAACUCGACCAAAAACGUAGGACACCUUUCAACAAAUGACGAAGGCUUAGGCGGAAACGCCCAAGAAGAAGAUGCUAGAGAAGGAAAUGAGAAUCAUGGAGCCAUAACAGGACUAGAGUGGCCAGAAGAUCGCUGCCGAUCAUACCCCUAG